UAGCGUGUUUAUAAAUCAAUUGCUUUAUUUCAAAUUAUGAACUGUCAGCAUUAUUGGGCAAUUAUUUAAAAUUCAUGUUAUGAAUUCUCAGUUUGACUGAAUCCUAAGAAAAUCGUGAUGCAGAUGGUAAAAUAUGCUUCCUAUAAUGGUCAACGUGAAGCUGCAUCGAAGGCUGUGGAUUUUUGCCUAAGAGCUUUGGAAGAUUUCGACUUGGCUCUACAUGGAUCACCGAGUGAACCAUCAGCAUCUGUUGAAGUCAUGCGUAGCAAAAUCAGUGAUGUCAUUCAAACUUUGGACAACAUCAUGCAACUUGUGCCAUCAACACUGAUACGAAAAGAAAGGAUGCUUGGAGAUGCCAGCGACCAAAGAAGAUCAAAGGCAACAUCUGAAACAUGUGAGAAGCCAAUCGAGACAAAGAAUACAUUCCGUGGGUGGCUGCAAGUGUUCAAGCCCAUUCAUCAGGAGAGGUAUCAACGUCGCAGGAGAUGGAGGAAAGCUAGCCGUGAACAACGAGCUGUGGUCGAUACGAAUGAUACACCUGACAAGUGGCAGCAAGGGAAAUUCAAGCACGGCAACUCUCGAAGGGAAAAGGCAGUGGUCCCGGGUGGCUGGUUGCUGUCUUUCUUCUUUCUGAUAUCGAUGGUCCUCGUUAUGUCUUCUUCCCACUGUUAUGUAACGGAGUCCGUAUCUUACUGA